AGGAAACGUCAGAGGUCACUGAGUAUUCUGUAGUUGCCUUCGCUCUGAGAUGGGCGGACCACGAGGAAGAGCCACCAUGCUCCGCGGAGUUUACUCCGUGUUCCUUCUAGUAUCGUGGUGCCGGCACUGUUCAGGAUUCAUCAUACCUGCUAAAGACCUAUCAUAUGUAAAGAUUCCAUUCUUUGGUAAUGCACAAUACGAGGAAAACUUCGCCAAUAUUUCAACUACAACCUUUAAAGGUUCCAUUAUUCCCGGAGGAGACUUACCCUACAUAGACAUUCCACUGAUUGAAAAUACAGGAUAUGAUGAUAAUCACAACAGUACAUCAGUUAUACUUCAAGGCAAUUCCACAACAGGCGAGUGUAACAGCACAACGGUCUGCAGCAAGAGUGAUGACACUAUAUGCGUGAGGAAGGAUGCGGCCGCGGCGAUGGCCGGGGGGAGCCUCCUGCUGGCCCUGCUGAUGUACCUGCUGCGGCAGCGACUGGGGCCGGCCCCGCUGCCCGCCUGCAGUGCCUCCUGCAGCCCCAGCUGCCGUCUCGUCUGUUGCGGCGGCUGCUGCGACUGCCCCUGGCUGCUGGUGCGCGCUCUACUCUGGCUGUGCGGAGCACGCAACCACACACGUUCGCGUGGACACGAUCGAGACGCCGCCGCAAGGAAACCCAAGCAGAAGCUCCCCGUGCAGGAAGAACUGCUGGGGUGCGUGUCUGCGGGUGACGCGAGCGACACACCAGUCCCGCAAGGCGACAAGCCGCCGGUCGAGCCGGACUACCACGAAAUUCGGGACUAUUACAUCCUAGACAACUCCCUCAGCUACUUUGUGGUCUGCCCAGUGCACAGAUGACAGACCAGUCGUCAGGUACCGCGAGAGCUGCACCUAGCUUGCUUCCCUGCUGCGAGAUGGCUGUGUACUUGUUACACCAGCACCUCUUGCUGUAGUCGUUACGAGUUAUGUUACUCAUUCACUGCAGCCGGAAUGCAGUUUGUUUUAUUUUCAUCUAACUGAUCCUCUAAUGUUUUCGUCAGAAACACAUGUUUACUUAUAUUAAACAUGCUUUUCUGAAUUACAUAGAGCAGUGGGAAAGUAAAAAAUUUUUUUUAAGUACAUUUUACAGACGAUCUGGUUUUUUAGUUCUGAAAUAAUUCAACCCAUCGAUUUACUGUUGUUUCUGCAAGAAAAAUUUCUCUGCAGCACUUUUUAAUAUUUUUUUACCCCUUGUAUUUUACACUGCACUGUGCUAACUCUGGUGACAUGGUGAAGUGUUUGUUUAAUUGCAAUGUGCACACAUUUACAGAUUUUCCAUUGUUUCUUUGAAACUCUGCAUCGUAAUAUUUAAGAUUUUUUUUGAACUAUAGCAUAAAUUUUUAAAAUUAGUUGGAAAUGAUGAAAGGGGAAAUUUUACUUUUCAAGCCUUUUUCUUGAAUAUCACAACCUCAAACCUACAUGAUAAAAUGUAAAAAAUUUUAAAACACAAAAUGUGAUACAAUAAAGUAAACUAAUUAAUAACCAUUGACAAAUUAGUGUCUUGUGCAUGUAAUAUACACGACCUAGGAUUUGGUCUAGGUUCUAAUUUAUGUAAAUACAAUUGUAACACCAAUAAAGUUUAUUUUAUGUA